GAGAGCAUUCAAAGAGGAGAGAGUGUUCAAAGAUGAGGUGGAGGAGAGAGCAGUCACAGAGGAGGCGGAGGAGAGAGCAGUCACAGAAGUGGACAACAGGGAAGAGGAGGAAGAAGUAGAUGGUAACACUGACCCAGGAGAGAGCUCCAACCCAGGUUCAGACAGUGAGCCCAGUUCCACAGCAUCAGGAAACCAUCAACAACACAGACAGAGGAACUCAAGACAGAAACAUCACCACUGCAUGGACUGCUUCACUAGUUUCUAUGAGCCAGAGGAGUUGAGAAGGCACACUUGUAGGCCCCACCCCUGCUCAGAUUGCAUAGGCAGUUUUAUUUGUCCAACUCACUUCAAAUCAAAACAGACUCAAAAAAGGAUGACGACAUACCCGUGUGGUCAAUGUGGGACGAGAUGUCAAACACCAAGCAAACUGAAGACGCACCAGAGAACUCACACAGGAGAGAAGCCAUACCACUGCUCUGUUUGUGGGAAGCGUUUCACCAGGUUAUGUGAACUGAAGGCACACCAGAUAACUCACACAGAAGAGAAGCCUUACCACUGCUCUCAAUGUGGGGAUAGUUUCACCAGUUUAUAUUUCCUAAAGAAACACCAGCUUAUUCACACAGGAAAAAAGCCAUUCCACUGCUCCCAGUGCGGGAAGAGUUUCAGUCAGUCAUCAACUCUGAAGACACACCAGAUAAUUCACACAGGAGAGAAGCCGUUCCACUGCCGUCAAUGUGAGAAGAGUUUCGGUCAUUUAUCAACUCUGAAGACACAUCAGAUAACUCACACAGGAGAUAAGCCUCACCUCUGCUCUCAGUGUGGGAAGAGUUUCAGUCUGGUAGGAAACCUAAAGAGACACCAGCUAACCCACACAGUAGAGAAGCCUUACCACUGCUCUCAUUGUGGGAAGAGUGUCAAUAGGUUACACCAACUAAAGACACACAACCUAACUCACACAGGAGAGAAGCCUUACCUCUGCUCUUAUUGUGGGAAGGGUUUCCGUCAGUUAGCCAACCUAAAUACACACCAGUUAAUUCACACAGGAGAGAAGCCAUACCACUGCUCUCAGUGUGGGAAGGAUUUCAGACAUCCAAGACACUUAAAGUCACACCAGAUAACUCACACAGGAGAUAAGCCUCACCUCUGCUCUCAGUGUGGGGAUAGUUUCACAAGUUUAUAUUUCCUAAAGAAACACCAGCUAAUUCACACAGGAAAAAAGCCAUUCCACUGCUCCCAGUGUGGGAAGAGUUUCAGUCAAUCAUCAACUUUGAAGAAACAUCAGAGAACUCACACAGGAGAAAAUCGUCAUCAGAUCUGAAGACACUAGCUUCUUCACAUAGGGGAGAAGCCUUACCUCUGCUCUCAAUGUGGGGAUAGUUUCACCAGUUUAUAAUUCCAAAAACACCAACUAAUUAUGACUAACAAUAACUUACUUGGUUAAGUAAAGGUGGAAAAAAAGAACUUGCAAAGGAGUGUGGAACCUGCUCCCUGUGUGGAAAGCUUCAGUCAGUCAUCAAAUUUGAAGAGGUUGUACCAAUACAUUUGACAUUUUAGUCAUUUAGCAGACGCUCUUAUCCAGAGCGACUUACAGUU